AUGGUGCCUUUCUGGGUAUUGUAUAUGGACAGGCCCUGCGAAAUAGAGCAAGAAGGAACAGCACCCGGGCAACAAGUCCCAGCGGCCCCUUCUGAUGUAGAAGCGAAGCUUCCCUCUGUGGCCAUCGGUGUUCGGGUGUGCCAGUUCCUUCUGGCCCGUUAUUGCCCAAGCAACUGCAAAAAACAGAAACAACACGACCUCGCAAGCCUUGAACCGUCGAGGGCACGUGGCUCGAUGGUGGUUGUACACUGUUCCUUCCAGCAUUUCGCUGCUGCUCCCUCGCUAGAAAUAGAACCCACUGUGGUCCCCGAGUGUCCGCGCGACCGUGUUGGCCACCGCCUCCGCAAGAUUCCCGGCACACCAUCCACAGCACCGACUCCUGUGGGGUUUGUAUUCUGCGGCCAGGUGGGCAUCGCCAACGAUGAUGAUCAAUAUCAAAAAUAUGAAGAUAUUUAUGAUCUAUCAUCAUCGCAUGAAGAUACAUUCUCCUGUCUGUGGAAGACAAGGUGUGAAAAUGAAGUAGUAGAGGAAAACGUUGAAGAUGAAAUAAAGUGAUGAAGCCAUAUUUAUAGUAACUACUAGCGCAAGUAGAAAAUCGAUUCUUUUUGUUCUAAACGACUCGGGGGGUGGGGCAAUUUCGCACAUGAUAGGAGCCACGUCAGUAACGCGAACAAAGCAGCUGACAAGAGUGUUAGUGCCGGCUGUUGUUGAAGAAUCGCCAGUUUUUGUUGAAUUUGCUUUAAAUCGGACCACGAAGUGUCUAGUGGGAAAUCGACAAAAUGAUAAUUUGUCAUGAAUCUUCCACCUUAAAGUUAAAAUGACAUAGAAAACCAGCAUGCCCAGGAAUUGGCUCGCUUGAUGGCCUCAGCUUAUUUGUUGUAUAGGGCGCUCGCGUAUUGCAAUAAAGAAAAAUAAACUGUAAUUUAUUUCGAGACGGCGCUUCUACUGAUGUAUGAUCUACUCUGCUGUAGUUGCGGGCAAAGGCGAUUGCUCCAGGCAUGCACUCCAGAAAUUCAAUUUUUGUUGAGGCUAGGUACCGAGGCUGACUGUCAGACAAGCGGGCUCAGCUGCCUGUAUUUAUAUCUGUACAACCUACAACGAAAACUCACACUUUUAACUUUUCAAUCAAGCUUUUCUUACGAAACUACUAAUUCUAAAAACCUAAAAAUUCUAACAUAAGAACGAACCUCCUUUUGUCCAUUUACGACCAUCACCAUUCACCAAACCAAUAUAAUUCUUAAGCAGAAAACGCACAAGCAACUUUUUUGAUGAUCUGAAACAAGUAACAAGCCGCAACCCUGGGCGAAACACCAGCGUCUUUGUAUACUUUUUUUUUGAUCUAACAUACUUAACUACUCCCGUACAUGUGGUAUCCCGAUAAAUGAAAUGAUUUCACCCCAGUCAAAAAUUUUGAGAUAAAGGAAAAGCACCCAGCAGGAAGUUUAAUAACUUUGAUCAAGCUAAAAGUGGUCUUAUAUACAUUUUUUUUCUGCAUCAUGCACUUAAAAGAACAAGCGUCUCCUGAAAUAAGAUUUGUUACAGUGUCUUUCUAUGCACCCAAAUAUCAAAAUCAAAAAGCAAAACAAUGCAGAUCCAAAACAAAAGCAAAUGCUAUGUGCAAGUCUAGAUGUUAUCUGGAUUUGGAUAGAUAGUAUACAUGCAAAAAUUACAAUCUUUAUGGGAAUGUUAAAGCACAAAAGGCACUUCAAUAGUACCCAUUCCAUCAUGUAGAGAUCAAGUAUUUUCGUUUUUCGUUUUCAUAUCUACUAGACAACACGUUGGUUGGAUGCUGUGAGCGACUCGGACUCGUCUGUUCGAUGAAGCAGUGCGUGUUCUGUUCGAAGUGUUGG